GUCUCCCUUGUUUCGAGCCAACACGUUGUCAUGCCACGCGUUUUUUACUUACGCAUACUGAAUACCUGGAUUCCGCAAUAAUUCCACUGCAAAGUAACGAAAGCCCACAGCGUCAUGGCUCCAACAUCAACAGUCAGAACAUCACUAGAACUUCGCACGGAUAUAGGAGCCCAGAGAAGCUAUGGCGGUGAGAAGGGGAUUCUUCAACAGCCGAGCCCCGAAACCACCAGCAAUGACGAAUCUGGAGUUGAGCGGGGCGUCAGGGGCUUUAGAUGGGUUCUCGUUGUUCUAGCAGUCUUAUCUUCGACUUUCCUUUACGCGCUCGACAACACCGUUACGGCAAACGUACGGCCUAGCAUGAUUGAAACCUUUGGAAACCGGUUCGACAUGCUUCCGUGGCUUUCCGUCUCAUAUCCCAUGGGAGAGGUGGGCAUGAAUCCUCUGUGGGGUAAGCUCUAUAAGCUUUUCAAUAACAAGCUUCUGUACCUGGCUGCGGUUCUCGUAUUUGAGAUCGGCUCCGCAGUCAUCGGCUCCGCACGGUCGAUCGAGGCCGUCAUUGCCGGCCGAGCCAUUGCCGGCAGCGGCGGAUCCGGAAUUUACGUCGGCACUAUAAACAUUAUCUCGGAUAUGACUAUGGAGGCCGAAAGGGCGACAUACUUGAACUAUGUCGGUAUGUGCUGGUGCCUUGGGACUAUUCUCGGCCCUGUUAUUAGCGGUGCAUUUGCCGACUCGUCGGCUACUUGGCGAUGGGCCUUUUAUAUCAACAUCUGCAUCGCCGCGGUUGCUGCACCGGCAUGCGUUUUCCUCAUCCCGCCAUCUCCUUCUCGUACGACAGAAUCCCUAUGGGCCCGAGUUAAGCGCAUAGAUUACACCGGGGCGAUCCUAUUCCUUGGAGGCACCCUUACUAUUAUCAUGGUACUGAGUUUCGGCGGAGCCUUGUAUAGUUGGACAAGCGGCCAAAUGAUUGGCUUAUAUGUAGCAACAGCAGUUAUCUGGUUGACCUUUGGCAUUCAGCAGCGUUGGAACCUGUUGACCAUUGACCGCAUCUUUCCGGUCCAAUUUUUCGGCGAUUGGGAGAUGGUUAUUUUCUUCUGUUGGGGCUCACUCUCAAUCGCAAACGUUGUGGUGACGAUCUAUUCACUGCCCCUUCUAUUCCAGUUUGUCUAUGGCGAUACGGCCUUAGGCUCGGCAGCUUAUACAAUUCCGUUCGUCGCCUCCACUGUCGUUUUCGGCGGCGCCGCUGGCCCUCUUUUCAAUAGAUAUCCAGUAUAUAUGCCCUGGUUUGCUGGCGGUGCCACACUUAUGCUCAUCGGCAACGGCUUGUUGACAACUAUCGGUCAUGCUGUCUCCCGAGGAGCUAUUUGUGGAUAUACUGUUAUUCAAGGCGCAGGCUGCGGACCAAUCAUGCAACUCGGCUAUACUGUAGCCCAGAUCAAGAUUCGCCGUACUGAUCCGGAUUCACUUCCUGAUGCCACAGGCUUUAUGAGUUGCUCUCAAAUGGCUGGACUCGCACUCUCUCUUGGCAUUGCUACGACCGUGUUUCUCAAUGGCGCCACUUCAGAUAUCGCUAUAAUCCUUCCGGACGUGUCACGUUCAGUCAUUCAGGCAACUAUUGAUGGCGCCAAGACGUCUCUAGUCCAGGAUCUCAGCCCAGAACUUCGACUCCGUGUUCUAAAGGCUAUUGCUAAUAAUGUCGCUACAGUAUUUUACAUGAAUAUUGCUGGAGCGGGACUAGGUCUCGUUCUAUCACUCUUUUUGAAACGCGAGAAAUUGCAACUUAGUUCUCCUAGUUGAUAAUCUAGUUAUAACUACCUAUACAUUUAAUAUAAUAAUAGAAGAUUCAG